AGUUUAAAACUUUUUUUUUCCCCCCCUCCUCUAGAUUUUCAACUGAAUUCUCACCUAUCAACACUGGCAAAUAUUCACAAGAUUUACCACACCCUCAAUAGGCUGAAUCUGACAGAGGACGUUGGUCAAGACGAUCACCAGACAGGAGAGAGACUUUCAAAGAUACGAAGAAUAGGAAGUCUCCGGUCUUGCAGUUCAUCAGACUGCUUUAGUAAAGUGAUGCCUCCAAGGAAAAAGAGGAGACCUGCAGCAGGAGAUGAUUUAUCUGCUAAGAAAAGUAGACAUGAUGGUAUGUAUAGAAAAUAUGAUUCGACUAGAAUAAAAGCAGAGGAAGAAGUCUUUUCAAGUAAGAGAUGCUUAGAAUGGUUCUAUGAAUACGCAGGCACUGAUGACAUUGUAGGGCCAGAAGGUAUGGAGAAAUUUUGUGAAGACAUUGGAGUUGAACCAGAAAAUGUAGUUAUGCUUGUACUAGCAUGGAAAUUGGAUGCACAAAACAUGGGCUACUUUACAUUACAAGAAUGGUUAAAAGGAAUGACAUCACUACAAUGUGACACUACAGAAAAAUUGAGAAAUUCUCUGGAUUACUUGAGAUCUUUAUUAAAUGAGCCUACCAAUUUUAAACUUAUUUAUAGAUAUGCAUUUGACUUUGCACGGGAAAAGGACCAGCGCAGCCUAGAUAUCAAUACUGCCAAGUGUAUGUUGGGCCUUCUUUUAGGAAAAACAUGGUCCCUUUUUCCAGUAUUUCACCAGUUUCUAGAGCAAUCAAAAUACAAAGUUAUCAAUAAGGACCAAUGGUGUAACGUUCUUGAAUUCAGCAGAACGAUUAACCUUGACCUCAGUAACUAUGAUGAAGACGGAGCCUGGCCAGUGUUGUUGGAUGAGUUUGUGGAAUGGUAUAAAGGAAAACAGAUGACAUAGGAGUUUAACUAUGCACAGCCACUCAAGAGUCACUGUUACCACAGUUAUGUCAACCAUUAGCCAUAAACUGCUAUUUGUAUCAAAGUGCAUGCUGCUUUUCUUGCACUGCAUCCCUUUUGCAGGGAACUUUUGAUGUUUGCUAUUUAACAAGCUAGCUAUGCUUGCUGUGUAGCAUUGUUCUCUUUGAAGGCUGCUUUGCAUUUUGUAUUUACACUACGAAUUGGUGAACUUGCCAGCGUCUUCACUGUGAUUAUGUGUAUAUUGCUGUCUAAAUUUUGUAUAUGUGUAUAAAAAAAGCUUCACCUAGGGAUUAUUUCUGCAGAAAUGUAUUGUAAAAAUAAUUUUGUGGCAUAUUUCUAGUCAUCACUUACAUGUUUGUUGAAACUUCAGUUAUUUUGUUUUUCUUUUGGUCUCAAAUGUAGCAUUUCAGAAAAUGAAAUGAAUAGACUGCUUGGACAUAGUUAUGUGAAGAACUAUUGUCAAUUUUAAUGUUACUAUUUGAGAUGCCAAUUUCUGAGGGGAGAAGACAUGCUGUGACUUUCUUCAUCGGAGUUCGCCAAACCUGACCUAUUGCUUAAUAGGAAUGAAACAUUGGUGUCUUAAAAAAAGAAAAAUAUAUAUACAUAUAAAUAUUAAAACACUGUAAUAGUUGUACAUGCCACAGAUUAUUUCCAUUUGAAGAAAAAAGUACUGACUUUUUAAUGUUAAAACUGCAGUAGUCAUUACAGGUACAAAUGAACAAAUUAAAGUACCUUUUAAAAAUGGG